CCGCCCUGUCCGCCGCCGCCCCUCCGUCCGCCGCCGCCGGCCGCUCUGGGACGGAAGAUGGCCGAGCGCAGCCGGCCCGCGGCAUGGAGGUAGCCGGCCCUCGGCGGAGCCGGCGUGCCGAGGGAGCUCCUGCCCGCUACGCUGCUGCUCGGCCGGCGGCUCCGGGUCGCUGAGCGCAGUAGGGAUCCGCUCCGGCCUCACCUUUCGCGCGCCUCGCGUUUGGCCCGCCCGACUUUCCUAUGGCUGGGAUAUACAGCUCUACUCUGAAGACCCUGGAGGAUCUGACUCUGGACUCUGGUUAUGGGGCAGGGGAUUCCUGCAGGUCCCUCAGCCUCUCCUCGUCCAAGUCCAACUCCCAAGCCUUCACCUCUUCACAGCACAGGGGCAACUGGUGGUACUACUCGGGCUCCAUGAACAGUCGGAAUAACAGCUGGGAUACGGUGAACACGGUGCUGCCGGAGGACCCCGAGGUCGCCGAUAUCUUUUCCAAGUGCCCGAGGCUGCCGGAUCUGGAGGAGUACCCUUGGAGCGAUGAAGACAUCGGAAGAAUACUCCGAAAGGCGAAGGGGGACGGGAGCGGCAGGCCCUUCUCCGUCGAGGCCGUCCGGCGGCUCUCCCAGCUGCUGAGACGCGCUCUGAUCCGCGUCUCCAGGGAGGCCCAGCGCCUGAGCGUCAUGCACUCCAAGUGCACCCGCUUCGAGGUGCAGAGCGCCGUCAAGCUCAUCCAGAGCUGGGCGCUGGCCGAGAGCUGCGUGCUGGCCGCCGUCAGGGCGCUCUCCCUCUACAGCAUGAGCGCCGGGGACGGGCUGAGGAAGGGCAAAUCGGCCAGGUGCGGGCUGACCUUCUCGGUGGGGAGGUUCUUCAGGUGGAUGGUGGACACCAGGAUCUCGGUCAGGAUCCACGAAUACGCGGCCAUCUCCUUGACCGCUUGCAUGGAGAACCUGGUAGAAGAGAUCAAGGGCAGGGUUCUGGCGAGUCAGAGCCCGGACGGCGGUGGAGGGGAGAUCUCGGCUGAAAUCCUGGAGAUGGUGAUCAACAACGAUGCUGAGCUCUGGGGAGUGCUGCAGCCGUACGAGCAUCUCAUCUGUGGGAAGAACGCUAAUGGUGUACUGUCUCUGCCUGCUUACUUCAGCCCAUACAACGACGGCGCUGUGUGCAGCGAUGGACGAGCUGAUGCUUACGCCCAGCUGGAACUCCGAACUUUAGAGCAGUCUCUGUUGGCAACUUGUGUUGGAAGCAUCUCUGAAUUGAGUGACUUGGUAUCACGGGCAAUGCACCACAUGCAGUGCUUGAACACCAUUCGCCCAGGCAUGAGCCCCAUUCGGCAAACUCGGCAGCAGCAACCCAUCUCUUGGUCCCCUGAUGCUCUCCACACUCUCUACUACUUCCUACGUUGUCCUCAAAUGGAGUCUAUGGAGAAUCCCAACCUCGAUCCUCCAAGAAUGACCCUGAACAAUGAACGGCCCUUCAUGCUUCUGCCGCCGCUGAUGGAGUGGAUGCGAGUGGCUAUCACCUAUGCCGAGCACCGGCGCAGCUUAACAGUGGACAGUGAUGACAUCAGGCAGACAGCCAGGCUGCUCUUACCUGGGUUGGACUGCGAGCCCAGGCAGCUCAAACCUGAAUGCUGUUUUAGUUCCUUCCGGAGACUGGAUGCUAAGGCUGCUACUGAAAAAUUCCAGCAGGAUCUGGGUUUCCGAAUGCUGAACUGCGGAAGGACAGAUCUGAUCAAUCAAGCAAUAGAUGCACUGGGAGCUGAUGGAGUUAACACCAUGGACGAUCAGGGUAUGACCCCGCUGAUGUAUGCCUGUGCUGCUGGAGAUGAAGCAAUGGUCCAAAUGCUUAUAGAUGCUGGAGCAAAUUUAGAUAUACCAGUUCCCAGUACCUCUCCACGAUACCCUUCAGUCCAUCCUGACAGCCGGCACUGGACUGCUCUCACCUUUGCUGUGUUACAUGGGCAUAUAUCCGUUGUUCAGCUACUCUUGGAUGCUGGUGCUCACGUUGAGGGCUCUGCUGUUAACAGUGGAGAAGAUAACUAUGCUGAGACCCCACUUCAACUGGCUUCAGCAGCAGGGAACUAUGAGUUGGUCAGCCUAUUGCUAAGCAGGGGCGCCGACCCCCUCCUGAGUAUGCUGGAAGUCAAUGGCAUGUCAUCUUCACUUCAUGAAGAUAUGAACUGUUUCAGUCACUCAGCUGCGCACGGACACAGGAAUGUUCUGCGCAAGCUCCUGACCCAGCCCCAGCAAAUGAAGGGAGAUGUCCUCUCACUGGAGGAGAUUUUGGCUGAGGGAGUGGAGAGUGACACCUCCAGCCAGGGCAGCUCCACAGAGGGACAAGUCAAGCUAUGUAAAACAAGAACGAAAGCCCUGCAAGAGGCCAUGUAUUACAGUGCUGAGCAUGGCUACGUAGAUAUCACCAUGGAGCUCAGAGGACUUGGAGUCCCAUGGAAGCUCCACGUGUGGAUUGAAUCACUACGGACAACCUUCUACCAGUGUCGCUACUCGGUUGUACAGACCCUCUUACGGGAAUUUGUCACCAUUAAGGAAGAAGACUAUAAUGAGGAACUGGUUAACGAAGGGCUUCAGCUCAUGUUCGAUAUCCUCAAAACCAGCAAAAAUGAUUCUAUCAAUCAACAGCUUGCAUCCAUCUUCACCCAUUGCUACGGCAGCAGUCCUAUACCCAGUAUUCCCGAAAUCCACAAGACAUUGCCAGCACGGCUCGAUCCUCACUUUCUAAAUAAUAAAGAAAUGUCUGAUGUGACUUUCUUAGUAGAAGGAAAGCUGUUUUAUGCACACAAAGUCCUGCUGGUUACUGCAUCUAACAGGUUUAAGACUCUAAUGACCAAUAAAACGGAACACGACAGCCAUGGAAGCAAGACUGUUGAAAUUAGCGAUAUGAAAUACAAUAUUUUCAAGAUGCUGAUGCAGUACUUAUACUAUGGAGGAACAGAAUCCAUGGAAAUUCCCACCACUGAUAUCUUAGAGCUGUUGUCGGCUGCCAGCCUGUUUCAACUGGACGGCCUCCAGAGACACUGUGAAAUCCUCUGUGCCCAGACGAUCAGCAUGGAAAACUCUGUUAGCAUCUAUAAAUAUGCAAAGAUACACAACGCACCUGAACUAGCGGCUUUUUGUGAAGGCUUCUUCCUUAAACACAUGAGCUCUCUUCUAGAGCAGGACUCAUUCAGACAGCUGAUCUACAGCAGGAACAGCAAAGUGCAAGGCUUGGACCCUCUGCGGGACUUGCAGACAGCCCUGGCUGGCCGCCUGCAUUCUGUGUACGUCACCUCAAGGGUGUGAAGCAGGAACGAGGCAGUGGCAGAAGCACUGGUUCAAACCGCACGGGGACACGGCUUCAGGCAGAGCUGAGGCUUUCCUGUCUGCCUUCUGGAGUCAUCAGUUCUCGCUGGAAGUCCCCUGCAUCAGAUACCCCAUCAGCAAGCGGGGGGGGGUGCCUCAUCCCACUGAAGGAGGGGAGCUGGCUUCUCUGUGCUACUACUGUCAGAGCUACACUGUGUGAACGGUGUGAUCAAGAGCUGGGCAGGCAAGCAAAGAACCCCAAACGAAGAGAUCAAUACUGCCAUCCAAACAACGUACAAUGUGGGCCUGCAGAGAAGUGAGGCAACUUACCUAGAUCUAACACCUCAUAUCUAGUCUUAAGUGUCCGUCUACACACCAUAAUGGCCACCUAGUUCAUAUCCGUAGAUAUUUUACUUGUAAAAAGGCUGCAUAGAAGGAGUUUUCUAAUCGUGUGGACCACUGCCCAUUCAACAAGUCAUCAGUCUGAACACAGAAGCUGAUGUAUGCAGACCCCUUCACUGCAGUUAACAAGCACCAGUUUCCACACACGGCAAGAGACUCCGGCAUAAGUCUUCCCCUGAACUGUUUGCACCUUGAGGGAGAAAUUGUGUAGAUGUACGAGGCUGAGUAGGAGCUACUAACUCUGGAAUUACUCGCUCUUCACACAUAAUAUGAAGAACUGAGCUGGGGCAGGGAGGGAAGAAAACUUUUUUAAAAUACGGUUUCACUGUGCUAAUUGUUUAAUCUGGAUCCAAUUUGAGAGGAAAAAGUACUGUCUACCCUUUCACUACAGAGGUUUGAUAGCCCAAUUCACUUUUAACUUAAAAACAUGUUUGCGAACAUUAUCUGUGAGAUCUGACAUAAGAGAGACUUUCUAAAAGACUCAGGCGUAGAAGCAGCUAUCGCUAAGCUGAAAAACUGUCCGAUAGCUUAAAUAAGCAAUAAAAAUCUCCGUAAGACCAUGAGAAACGUACAGCUUGAUGCUUUGUUUUCUCUCUGGAGAGAAGCUGGGGGUACAAGCUCUGAAAUCAAGUCUUUGCCUCCACAUCCUCAUCCAUGGGGUGAUGUUUCCACUACCUCAGGGAAGACCGUGCACAGCACGCUGCUGACUGCUGCCUCGAGGUAGGCUGCACUCUGACAUUUGGGCUGCAGCACUUACACAAGAUGCCUCAACUGAAAUACUCAAGAUUCACGUUUUUCCUUGCUUGCAGUAGAUGGAUGUUUCUAUAUAGAAAGGACUUGUGCUAGACAUUCUCCUAGCUGACUUAAGUCAGGAAACAGCUCAAGAUACAGUUUUGUGUCUGAGGCCACUUACCUUUCCCUUUUUAAAUAAGCCCAAGCUUAAGAAGCUGGUUAAUCAUACACAGCCGCACACCUUGCUCUCACCAACCUUCAGCUGUUCCCCUGAACUAUGUAAGCAACCUCCAAAAGCAUAUGCUAAGAUGUGCUCACUGGCUACAGAUGGAUGAAGGAGAAGGAAAAGCAAUAGUUUAGGUGGGAAACUGCCACUUAAAAAAAUCCAACAAAUAAUAUUGUAACUAAGCACACUGGUAGAGGUAGGCUUAGCUGAGCAUAAGCUCCAGUGCAAGAUAUAGACAUGGUUUAAAUAGAGAAGGAAAGGAGAAUGAAUUACAGCACCCUUCAACAAAAUCACCGAAACCUGCCAUACCUUCUUUCCUGAAGGGUUUGCAUCACAGGCACACUGCAUGCAAGGAGAACAAUCAGCCUAGGAUCAGUCAUCUGACAGACACGUUGGUCAGAGCACACACACCAAUUUGUGUACACAUCCACUUUUGAAGAUCACCAGCUUCAGUAACUCUAUUUAUUAUCAGAAAGCCAUAGAGAUGCUACAAAAUUAUUACUGUUCUGCCAGAAAACCACCACAAAAGGCUCUAUCUUGGAAGGUAUUUUCAAGCAGCUGCUCCAGCUAUUUGUACAAAAAUGUAGGUCCUCUUUUAUUGCUGUAAUAUUACAAUGCUUUGUUAAUUGUACAUUAAUGUUGUCAUUUAUGUAAAUGUACCGGGAUUUUAUUAACAACGUAAUUUUAAAAUACACAGCUGCUGUUAUUUAUUCUGCUUCUCUAACAAUGACAAAGACAUAUUUAAAAUCUUCUGUAGAAAAGGUAGUUGCAGUUUCACCACCUUGCAUCGUUUCGGUAUAUGUACCUAAUUUAAUGCUUCAAAGCAAGGGAUAAAAAGGCAUUCAUUUCCCUGUCCCGUGUUCACACUUUUUUUUUUUUGCAUAAUAAAUGAAACUUGCAUUUUUCCUAGCUCAAGUGAAGUUUACCUAGGCACCCUUCAUUGAAAAGAAGCAGAUGUGAAAGAAAAAUCCUAGUUCUGGGAUUCUUUUCCUAUGUGUAUCAGGCAGACCUCAGGAGUUAAAGGUCAAACCCACUCCACUCUAAUAGUAACAAAGAAGAGGUGACAGAGCAGAAAGCACUUCUUCUGUCAUGGCCCUGGCACCCAGAAGGCUGGGAUGGCUCUGACAGGUCUGGGUGGCUGCUAGUAGCUGCAGGUCUGGCUGCUCUGGUAGUUGCAGGACUAGUAGUCCUGUGUUUGAAGAUCACACUGGCAACCACCUGUAGUCAGGUGAGCAACAGCACAGGGAGCCCUCCUGAACUCUGCCCAUGAGCAUUACCCACACACAGCCAACCCCAGAGACAGAGGCUAAGGAGGCAGCCAUAGCUGCAUGGGUUUCAUCCCUGACCAUCAGAUGAUAAAGCCAGAGAUUUAAGCAAUGACAAAAAAUGGAAUACCUGAAUAGAAAGCUGCUAGACUCAUUCAGUCUCUUCCUCUUAUUGUAUUUAUCAGAAAUGGUGGCUUGCUAUAACCAGGCUGCAAAGAGCAAGGGCGUUUACUCAUCUGUGAAGUCAGACACACAGAGGUUUCUUUCUGCUGACAGCAAGAAUUUGACCCAGAAAUGACUAUUUCUUUCCCCCUCUAAGUCUGCCCCAUAAAUCUUUCAGACCCCUAUGGUGUUUGGAUAACGCCUCAACUGUAACGCUGGAUUCAGUGUAACCCUGCAGGAGGACUCAAAUACUUUACUUCUUAGAACACCGGUUCUAAGGACUUCAGAAGAAGCCAUUAAUACAACCAGAAUGUGUGUUCAGCUGCUGAGAACCUAUUAAUGCUUGCUUCUUUCCUUCAAUUUCCCACCACACACCUGAACAAAGGAUGCUGUGCCGCACACCUCUCUGCUGCAGCAAGACCUGAAAUCCAGUUCUACAAUAAAUGAGCAUCACAAGCAUUUGUUGAUGUGAUCUAAAAGAAUUCUGCUGGGAACGAUGCAUGAGGGAUGCUUUCUGUUGUACUGUACCCUUAAGCCAGCAUGCUUGGAAACCAACCAGUGCAAAUCCUGACUUGCUUUCAAGAGUCACGGAAUACAAAGAUCUAAGAUUCCCUCUGCAGCACUUCUACUCUAGAAAGUAGAUUAAGUAGAAUUUUUUCAAUCUAACUAGCUGCACCUCUAUUUUAUGCAGUACUGCCCUUGUAGUCCUAGAAUGUGUAGCGAAGCUGGCACAAAACUUUGCUGGUCAUAGUUGUACGAUUUCAUGGAGCACAGGAAACAGCACUCAUACACCUGCCUGAACACACUCUGCCUUUGAGAGUCAAAUAAACCCUUACUGCUUUAUGAUAAGCCCUUACACUGCAGACAAGCUCCAGUUAAUGUAGCACUGCUACCAACUGGCCCUCCCCAAACACUGCACAAGUGACCAGAUACUGCGUCCUGCAUGUGCUGUAACAGACACAGCCAGGAGAACACAAGAGUGGCAACUCCUUCGAGGAAGUGGGGCUGUAAGCGGCUGCCUCCACUGCUCAUGACAGAGAAAGAGGAUGCAAAAGGUGGAUUUGGCUCCCCCAAGAGGUUUUGAGUAAAAGAGAUCCACUGAUGCACAGCAAACAAUACAGAAUAUUGCUCUCAGUACUAUUUGCCCAGGCAGACGUGGAGGGAAAAAAAAAAAAGCAAAAAAAAAAAAGCUAUUGUUGUACAAUGAAAGUCACAGCAAAGCAGGGAAAAAGGCCUUACUACAGCACUAUGGGUUGGCCUGUUAUCAGAACUAGAGUCAUUUCCAGCCCCAGCACUCUUUUCCUACUGCUCAUAACUAGAAAACAAGCCAGCCAGUUCAAAACCAUUCCUACCCUCAGUCAGACGGGUCCAAGCCCAUUGCUUCACAAACCACUCACACGACAGGCAGUACAGAACAUCACACAGCUCAGCUCUGCCUCCAGUGCCAGCUCAGUCACGAGGGUACACCUGAGUUUCUACCUUCAGCCUUUGCACAUCCAAUGUACCCACCUCUACCUUGCAGACCACUCACUGGAGCUGUACCACAGCUAUGGGAGCUCACCUCCCACCCAAAACGCAGAGCCAGCUCCCAGCAGCAGGGAAGGUCCUCAGCUUCACUGCUUUCACUUCUUCCCAGAUACCUCACAGAGGUCAGCUCCUUCCAGCUGUCAGAACAGCUCACGGGCUCCAGUGAGCAGGAUGAUUCUGCUGACAACUAGGUCACAGACUACCCACCACCUGCAGGGUGCUGCUCACUAAACGUGGCUUUCCCACUCUCUUCCAAUUAGCCCCAGCACUGUCAUCACAGGCGAGCAAGCUGGUGUGGGCACAGGAGGAGAGAGCUGACACACAGCAAUGUGCUGGGCACUUGAUCAGCAGCACGGGAGCAAGGCUGAAAGCUGUAGCUGACUUAGCUGUAAGCUGACCUAGCGUGUUUACAACAGCCUGAAAUGCUACUGCCUCUGGUUACAGUUAUGCAAAAAACUGUCCAAUGCACAGGAAACACGGAGCAUGGAGAGCCAAGAGGGCUGUGCCUUCAGCUACAUGCACACACUGCAACAACAGCCCAUCUCUGGCUUCUUCGCAUAUGUACAGCCCCUCUGGAGGGGACCCUGGUACAGAAGUAACAUGUACUCAGAGCAAAAAUUACUGCAGCAAAACAAAACAAAACCAAAACAACAAAACAGAAGUUAACAUCUGGAGAUACAGAACUUACUCCCUUCUCAUCUUCCGUGCUGUAUGAAACCUUGAUGUACUCCAGCUACUGAAGCACAGAUAGCCAUGCCCUACUGCUGGAGCUCAUUCACCUGGCCCUUCCUCCAGCUGGGAUUGUAACCCAGCUCAUUUGAGCUAAAGCACAGACAGAGGAAAAUGUGGUUUGACCAGAGUUGGUAAAAUAGAAUUAAAAAAUAAUAAUAAUAAAACCCCCUCUCUCACUUAUUUUAGCAUGUGACAUCUUUUUUCCAUUUUGCUUUUCAAAGAGCAAUUGACAGGCAGAAGAAUCCAAAGCAAUGCCAGGAAUCACAAAGCAUACAUGGAAAACUUGAAAAAGAAUGGUUCAGCUCUGAAUAAAGUCAUUUUUGUAGAAACAGCUUAAUUCUGCUCAAUGCUCCAUAGUGGGAGUGGCAUAGUGGGGCACAGUCAUUAAUAACACUGAGAAGUGCAAAUAUAAACACAAAGCUCAAAGCCCUCAAGUCGUUUCUGACAACUAAAGGACAAACUCACAGGUAACAGAGCAAAGAUGACCACAGCCCACUACAGACAGCAAGCAGGAGAAGCAGCUGAAAACCGGUAUCUGCCAAAUAGUAACAUCCUUAUUUAUUUGAAAAAUCCAUUUUAAUUUUGCCUACUACCUUCUACUUUGACUUACAAUUCACAAGAAGUUUUGACAGACUACAUUAAUACGUUCACUGAUCACCUCUUAGCUACUGGGGGAACAUGCCAGUUUCCUAUUUUAUUUCACAGUAUUCAGUAGUAAAAAUUGGCAAAAUUUGGCUUGUGAGGGGGGGGAAAGAAAACAUACAAGGAGACAUGACAGGACCACCUUUCUUACAUCCUCACCUCUAUUUCAGAAAGCAUCCCACACCUCCAUCCCAGCAUCUCUGAGCAUCCCUGGACUCAGGCUCAAAGAGCACGCUGGGCAUUGCUUGUUUUGCCUCACUGCCAGUCUGGCUCCUGCAUCAAUAAGCAAACGUACUUUCCCUAAGAUGGUGCCAGUAAAACAGACAGCCAAGUUUCUAAGGCACUUGCAGCCUACCAGCAUGAGACCAUAUUUCCUGAAACAACCAUUGCCUCUCUCUGGCUUCAGGCAUCAGAACAGCUUCACAAGGACAGUCAAACAAGUCCUGAACCUUAACAACGUGUAGAUAACUGUAAUAAAAGUUCCCUUAAACCUUCAUUUUUAAUCUUUAAGUAGAACCAGAGUUUAGCAGUACUCACAAGAUGUACACUGUAAUUUACACCACUUUUAUGCUUUAAGAAAUUAAUAUUUUCUUACCACAAAAGCUUAACACACAAUAAGAAAGCAUUCCAUCAUCUAUACCUAGAGCAAGCAGAACACUACAACCUGCAUAACAAACUAAUAAUCCACACAGAAUCCAAUUAAACUGCUAGCACUAUAUCAAUACUAAGCUUCAAUAUGCUUUGAAGGGACUCUACAAGCAUUAAAAGCCUUCUCUCACAGCCUGUCAAACCACUGCUGCUCCUCUCAAAGCAGAGCAUAGGAAGUAGACAUACCAACAUUAUCCCACUGCUAACAGCAGCAACAGUAAAAACAAACAGAAUUCACACUCACCUUUUCUUCCUGAAGACUUUCCAAAGAUCAAGAGCCUCACACUUCCUAUCUGCUCCUUUCCUAACUUCUUCAGAGCCCUUUCAAGGCAGGCAACCACCACUAAUUGCUGCCAGGUGCUGCAGCCACUUGGACACAGCUGGCUGAUAAUCAGGCUCCUCAUUAAGCCUUUAAGAGCUGCAGCUGCAGAUCUCAGGACUCAGCUGUCCCCCAGUGUGGGUGAUGUGCUGUUGCUGCUGAUUCUCAUAAAGUAGUCUAUUAACCAAAGGUAUACACAGGCUGUGUUGUACAAGGCCUAUAUUUAAUUUACAUCUUUUAUAAAAUGUCAUCCUAGAAAACAAAUACUGUGUUAACUAGGAAGAACUUUCUUCUUCAAGGAUUUACUGGAAAGAGAUGCUCUGAGAUCUACAAACAAAUAGAAUGCACCUACACGUUGCCUGUAGGGAAGUCUUUCUUUUCUAAAUCCUUAUGCUAGCACAUCAAGAAAAUGCACCAGGGUAGUAAGGUUCAGAACAGGGAGAGUUCUGUAUCAGAAGUCAGCCCUGGUUCUGAAACCUCUGGAGUCUGCAGUCACAAGAAUUGCAGACUGGUGCUCCUUUAUUGCCAAGCUGGUAGCACAGCUGGAGCUUACCUGCCCCCUGAGAAGAUCACUAGGAUCAGGUGUUGGUUGGAUAGUGCUGACUUCCUAGCAGCCCUCACAGAAAACUUUCCAAAAAAGCUAAGUAGCAUCACUUGGUGAGCAGACAGCAAGACAGACAAUAGUCAAAGACACUUUUCCAGCAACUAUUAAUCAUUCUAUCCUGUUUAAAAACUAGGAAAUGUAGAUUACUGAGCAAUGGGAAUGCUGAG